GCUCUGGGUUUAGGGUUAGGGUUCUAGCCCGCGCCCAUGGAGCGCAAGCAGUGCCUCUACGAGGUGCUGGGCGUGGAGCGCAGCGCGAGCGCCGAGGAGAUCCGGUCAGCGUACCGCCGCGAGGCGCUGCGAUGGCACCCGGACAAGAUCCAGCAGAGCGGGAUUUCAGCUGGCGAGGCGACGGAGCGAUUCCAGGCGAUUUCCAGCGCGUGGGAGGUUCUCGGCGAUCCGCUGGAGCGCAAAUGGUACGAUUCUCACAGGUCGGAGAUCCUGUCUAGCGGCGAUGAGCUCUCCGAGUUUGAAUUCAACCUCUGGUCGUAUUUCUCGCCCUCGGCCUUCUCCGGCUAUGGCGACUCCCGGAAUGGAUUCUAUGCGGUCUACAGCGAAGUGUUUGGGAAGAUUUCCGUCCAGGAGCAGGUGUUUGAUCGCAAGUUUGGAUCCGGCAGUGUGAGGGAAGCUCCUCCUUUUGGUGGACCGACUAGCAGCCAUAGCGAAGUCUCGGCCUUCUAUAGUUUUUGGUCGGGGUUUAAGACGGUGAAGGACUACGCUUGGUGCGACGAGUAUGACGUCUCCGAGGCUCCAAACAGGAAAGUUAGAAGGUUGAUGGAGGAGGAGAACAGGAAGAUCCGGAAGAGGGAGCAGCGGGAGUUUAACGAUGCGGUGAGGCAGCUGGCUGCGUUUGUGAAGAAGAGGGACAAGAGGGUGAUGGAGUGGAAGCUUGAGGCGCUUAGAUUGGCGGAGGAGAAGGAGAAGGAGAAGAAGCUCCGGCGCCAGCAGCAAGAGGUGGAGAAGUUGAAGAAAGUGGAGAGCUACGAGGAGCAAGAGUGGUCUAAGGUGGAGGAGGAUUACUCCGUGUGGGAGGAGAACCAGAAGGCGGGCCGGGGUGGGGAGCGGCAGGAGUUUUAUUGUAUCCUGUGCGAGAAGAACUUUAAGUCGGAGAAGCAGUGGCACAACCACGAGAAGUCGAAGAAGCAUAUCGAGAGGGCGUCGGCUUUGAAGGAGACGCUGCUGGAGGAGGAUGAGAAGGUCCGUGCCAAGGCUCAGUCGGUCGAUGAAGAAGAGGACCAUGACGAGCCCGUGGUUCCAGAACCGAAGGUUGUGGAAGUUAUCGAAGCCGAGACGCCACCUCAAAGUCCUGGAGCAGACACGAGCAGCGAGAGCAAUGCCGACGAUGACGAAGAGUCGAGCAUACUCGAGGCGAUGCUGAAUUCACACCGGAACAGGGGUAACACGGAUCGAGCAAUGGAGUCUGAUGAAUCGGACUCGAUUGUGGUCGAUGAGGUGCCAGUUGAGGACAAGGAUGAAUGGUCAAAGAGAAAAGCUACGUCGGGAAAAGAAGCCGAGUCCGAGGCUAAUGCGGAAGAAGAAGACGUGGCAAAUCUCAUGGAGGAGCUCAACACCGGAGAAACUCAAGAGGAAGCAAAGUCGACCAAGAAAAAGAACAGGAGAAAGGAGAAAGGAAAGAAACCAGUAGAACAGAAGGAGGUGAGGAAGUCCGGGAAGAGCAAGGCAGCAGCAGCAGUCCCCUCGAGUACCUGCGAAGUUUGUGGCAGAGACUUCGAUUCCAGGAAUCUGCUGUUCAAGCAUGUGGAAUCCUCAAAACACUUCGCUCUUAAACAAAAGUAAACAUCGCGGGAAUGAAGCAGACACGAGCGAAGAAGUAAAAAUGAGGAAAGAUAGGUACGAUUGAUGUUCUCCCAUGGACGAACUAAUUUUGUAGUGAAGGAUUGCUUAUUUGAAUCAAUCACCAAGCGAACGACUCUUAUACAUA